AUGAGGAACAGAGAGGAACGAGCUUUGAGGAAUAUUGCAGCUAAAAGGAGAGGGACAAGAGCACCCUCUCAAGGAACUACCAGCCAACCAGCUGAGCCAGCUCCUACUGCGACCACUACCCAACCAGAUUUUGCUGGGGUAUAUCAGGUGAUGACUCAGCUCCUUCAACAGCAACAGCAAAUGCAACAACUGAUACAACAACAGAUGCAACAACAGAUGCAGGCCAUGGUACGACCUGCACAGCGUAUGGACUCCUGCUAUGAGAGGUUCCGUAGGCUGAAUCCUCCUAUGUUCGAGGGUGGAGCUGAUUAUUUAGCUGCUGAGACUUGGAUUCGAGAAAUAGAAGAAAUGUUUGAUGCACUACAAUUUCCCGAAGACGUCAAGAUCAGACUGGCGAUACCCAUGCUUAAAGGAAAUGCCAAGUUUUGGUGGACGGCCAUGAGAGCUACAUUCGAGGGUGAUGAUGAACAACUGACUUGGGAUGGAUUCAAGGAUAUAUUCUAUGAUCAGUAUUUUCCUAAGUCAGUAAGGCUGACAAAGGAGAAUGAGUUCCUAUCUUUAAUGCAGUCAGAGAAUAUGACGGUGCUGGAGUAUGCCAAUAAGUUUAAUGAAUUAGGCCGGUUCUGUCCUCGACUUAUGGAGGAUGAUCAAAGCAAGGCCAACAGAUUUGAGCAAGGCUUGAGAUACGGAAUUCGAUCCCGGUUGUCAGUUCUAAUUUUUAAUAGUUACAGGGAUGUACUCGACAGGGCUCUGAAGCCGGGGCACAUAGCACGUGACUGUCCAAAUAAAAAGGAGAAUGACUCUGGGCCUGCCAGACCUAUUGAUCAAAGACAGAAGGGUGGUGCACGGGUUUUUGCACUAACACAGCAGGACGCUAGUGCCAGUGACGAAGUGGUGGCAGGUAUGAUUCCCAUUAAUACUAUAGAUGCUUAUGUAUUAUUUGAUUCUGGCUCUACUCAUUCCUUUAUAUCCUCCAAGUUUUUUGCCUCCUUGAAUCGCACACCUGAUAAGCUAGAUGAGCCACUACAUGUUGCCACUCCUCUUAAGAAAACAGUAGUAGUUGAUUUUAUUUUUAAGAACUGCAUAAUUCAGAUAGGAGAUAGAGAACUGAUGGCAGACUUGAUACAAUUAGAUAUACAUGACUUUGAUGUGAUUCUUGGGAUGAACUGGCUGUCUGAAUAUCAUGCUCAUAUUGACUGCUAUGGCAAGAAGGUAGUGUUCCAGAUGCCUGAUAAUCUGAAAUUCUUCUACCAAGGUGAUGCACCCACCAUAAAGCCCUCCUUGCAUAUUAUUUCUGCUAUGAGUGCAAGGAAGGUGCUAGGAAAGGGAUGUCAGGCCUAUCUAGCCUAUAUUAUGGACACUCAAAAAGAAUCAGGACCGGACAAUAUCCCUGUUGUAAGGGAAUAUCCAGAUGUUUUUCCGGAGGAGCUACCUGGACUACCUCCUAAUCGAGAAAUUGACUUUGAAAUUAAUCUCAUACUGGGUGUUGGACCAAUCUCUAAGGCUCCUUACCGGAUGGCCCCUGCGGAGCUGAGAGAAUUGAAAGUUCAGCUACAGGAGCUUCUAGAUAAGAAAUUCAUCCGCCCGAGUGUUUCUCCAUGGGGAGCUCCUGUACUAUUUGUAAAGAAGAAGGAUGGAAGUAUGCGGCUGUGUAUUGAUUACCGAGAGCUGAACAAGGUGACAGUUAGGAACAAGUACCCUUUGCCCCGCAUUGAUGACUUAUUUGAUCAGCUGCAAGGUGCCCAAAUCUUCUCCAAGAUAGAUUUGCGAUCCGGUUAUCAUCAAUUAAAAAUAAGAGCUGAGGAUGUGCCUAAGACUGCAUUUCAAAUCAGGUACGGCCAUUAUGAAUUUUUGGUUAUGUCUUUUGGACUAACCAAUGCACCUGCUGCCUUUAUGGACUUGAUGAACAGAGCCUUCAAGCAAUAUUUGGACCACUUUGUUAUUGUUUUCAUAGAUGACAUAUUGAUCUAUUCUAUGAGCAAGGAAGAACAUGAAGAUCAUUUGAGAAAGGUGUUGCAAACUCUUCGGGAGAAGAAGCUCUAUGCCAAAUUGAGCAAAUGCGAGUUUUGGCUGGACAACAUCGCAUUCCUCGGGCACGUGAUUUCCAAAGAAGGGAAGCGAGCAAAGUUUGAAUGGAGCGAGGAUUGUGAACGAAGCUUUCAGGAGUUAAAGCGAUGGUUAGUGUCUGCUCCCGUUCUCACUCUGCCGUCUAAUACUGGGGGUUUCACCAUUUAUAGUGAUGCCUCCAAGAAGGGGUUAAGCUGUGUACUGAUGCAAAAUGAUAAAGUAGUGGCUUACGCCUCUAGACAUUUGAAGCCCUAUGAGCAGAACUAUCCGACACAUGAUUUGGAAUUAGCAGCGGUAGUCUUCGCUUUAAAAAUUUGGCGACACUAUCUGUAUGGGGAGCCAUGUGAUAUAUUUACUGAUCACAAAAGCUUGAAGUAUAUAUUUACCCAGAAAGAGUUAAACAUGAGGCAGAGGAGAUGGCUUGAAUUACUGAAAGAUUAUGAUUUAAAUAUUAAGUAUCAUCCGGGGAAGGUUAAUGUGGUGGCAGAUGCCCUCAGUAGGAAGUCAGCAGUGGGCACAACAGCCUUGCUCACUACUCAAAAGCAAAUUUUGAAAGAUCUCCACAUGAUGCAGAUUGGGGUUACUACCAAGGAUGCUGGGAGCAUGCUGGCUAGUUUGAUGGUACAACCCACAUUGAUAGAGAAAAUAAAGGCUGCCCAACAAACAGAUGCAUAG